AUGGAGAACAUUCGUGCUGAAAUGAUGGCUGAAAUUCAGCAACUGAAGACGAGGCAAGGAGGAGGAAGGAUGGAAGAAGUGAUGAGAGAAGCUGCCACCACACCACUGACUGCACAUUUGGCCAAAGCUCUUAAUCCCCAGAAUUGUCCUAUCCCAGCCUUCGAAUGUUACGAUGGAUGCAGUGACCCCGCAGCCCAUCUUCGAUACUUUCCUUCAAUCUUGAAAGGAUCGACUCUAUCGUGGUUCGAUAACCUACCACCCAAUUCCAUCGACUCCUACAUCCAGCUCACUGAGAAAUUCUUAAGGACUUACAUGUACAACAAGGCCGUCAACGCAGAAAUGGACAAGCUCUUCUCGUUAGCAGUCGCAUACAAAGAAACCAUCAGGGAAUAUACCGAUAGGUGGCACAAAAUCUAUCAAGCGAUAGGGAACGUGGAUCCAGUGGUCAGUAUCAAUUUCUACAAGUGGGGAUUGGAUAGGAUGAGUCCUUUGUUUGUCGAGAUUCAUGGAAGUGUCCCUACGACCGAAGGAGAUAUUCGAGUAAUCAUUGAAAAUCACGCCAGAUUGGAGGAAAUCCAGCGGGAGAAUCCGAGGGCCCAGACACAAAGAUAUCAUCGGAUUAAUUCGGUGGAGAAAGCCAGCGGAUCCAAGAGAAGAAACUCGGUCGAACGUUCCAACGAAGAUAAGAGAGGACAAAGGGAUGAUCGGCGGAGUGAUGAUCGAAAAUUCGAAGACCAAUUUUUCACGAAGCUAAACACCAACUACACUCGCAUCCUAAGGGAAAUUAAGAAUCGAGAAAACUUAGAGUGGCUUUGGUUCAAAGGAAAGCAGCCACCCCGGUCUGAGAAGUCAAGAGACUACUGUGAGUACCACUGCUUCAACGGGCAUCAGACUGAAAAGUGCAAGAACCUCAAAAUAAUUAUCCAAAAGCUGAUUGACGCUGGUGACCUCAAGCAAUAUGUUCAAAAGGCAGAAAUCGAUGAUAUGAUAGGAAAAAGAUUGAGAAAACAAUUUGAGGACUACUACGAGCUGUACAAGAUUGAUGGAGUCGAAGUUGAUGAGAACGAAGCGUGGAUGAACGCACCGAUGACAUUUGAUGCUGAAGAUGUCGAAGAAGACAUGGAGGAGCACAACGAUCCUUUAGUUAUCAUAUUACCAGUAGAAGGGUGCAACGUCAAGAAGAUUUUGAUUGAUGGAGGGAGUUCAGUCAACGUUCUGUUUUACGAUACGUUCAAGCGAAUGAAACUAAAUGAUGAGCAACUGAUGUCUUCUUACUAUACCAUCUAUGGAUUCAACGACGCACCCACGAAGCCUCUGGGAGACAUUGUUUUAGAAGUAAAGGCAGGCCCGAUGAAUAUCGAAACCAGAUUCAGUGUGGUAGACACUCCUUCUCCAUACAACGCCAUUAUCGGUCGAAGAUGGGUACACAAACUCAAAGGAGUAGCAACAACAUAUCACCAAUACCUUAGAUUCCCAACACCCGAAGGGGUAAUGGAAAUUAAGGGAGAUCAGGUCACCGCUCGAAAAUUCCAGGCUCUACAAAACCAACUCAAUAAUGAACAAGAUGAGCAGCGGAAGUCCCACAGAAACAAAAACAAGGCAGCCUCUAAGGAUAAGGCAAUUGACCUUUAUCUCGAAGAAAUAUCAGGAAAAAGCUUGACGAAGGAAAACAUCGUCUUAACUACCGAAGCAGGUACUUCAGUGGCUAAGGGGGCUGAAGAGCCUACCAAAUAG